AUGAAGUGUUCACUAGUUCUGUUGGCGUUUUUGGGUUUCAUAGCGGUGUGUCUACUGGACAGUCCGGUUGAAGCUCAACGACCUGCGUUUGCUAGUCCGGGCCAAAAGGGUCCCUCCGGUAAGCGGCUUCCGGUUCAGGAUGAGUUAGAUGAAGUGGAGGAACAUGAUCAUGAUCACGGCAACAUGGACCACCAACAUUACGACGAAGUUGAAGAGGAAGAAGAGCCUCCCCGCCGAGGAAAGGGAAAACCGGGUAAAACGGGUCAAGGUCAAGGACCUUCAAGUGGAGGUCCUCGUGGAGGCGGCCGUAGAGAGCAAAAUGAUCAGGACUUCAAGCAUCCAGGUCAAGGAGGAUCCCGAGGAGGCAGUCGAGGACAGAUGGAAGAACGAGGACAGACUGGAGGUCGUGGAAAAAUGGGACCUCAGCGAAACGAUUGGGUAGGUGAUGAAGAGUAUGAGGAGUUUGGACAGAAUGGAUUCGGAGGAGGAUUCCGAGGCCCUAAUGGAGCUGGUUCUGGAUCAGGUGGUAAACAGGAAAAAGGAGGUCGAGGAGGUAAAGGAGGGCGUGGCCAGGAAGAAGGUCGAGAAAAGUCUGUCAGCCGUCAGCAAGAAGGUGGAUCCCGUGGAGGUUCUGGAAGUCGUGGAAGAGGCAGCGGACGAUAA